CUGUUCUAGGACGAUAUGUGUCAACUGCUGUCGGUUUUCUGCUCUGAACACUUGUUAGUAAUAAUCAACCCAUAAAGAUUCAUUCUGGCGUUGGAUCGAUGGCCACUGCUGCCCUGGCCCCAGUGGCUGCACGUCCACCCUCCAGGUCAGACCAGCAGCACAAUGGAAAUAUCCAAGAACCUAGUCGACCUUUGCGUUGGAGAGUAAUUGACGAUCAACCACAUGUUGGAAAAUAUAAGUUUAUACGAACUAUUGGCAAAGGGAAUUUCGCUAAGGUCAAAUUAGCCAGUCAUGUUAUAACCGGGCAGCAAGUUGCUAUCAAAAUUAUUGAUAAAACUCAGUUAAGCCCUUCAAGUCGCCAAAAGCUUUUCCGAGAAGUUAGAUUGAUGAAAUUAUUGGAUCAUCCAAACAUUGUGAAGCUUUUUGAAAUCAUAGAUAAUGAUAAAAUUCUAUAUUUGGUGAUGGAGUACGCAAGCGGUGGCGAAGUCUUUGACUACCUAGUUGCACAUGGUCGAAUGAAAGAAAAAGAAGCACGUGCUAAAUUCCGUCAAAUUGUUUCUGCUGUACAAUACUGUCAUCAAAAGCAUAUUAUUCAUCGGGAUUUAAAGGCUGAAAAUCUUCUCCUUGACGCUGAUAUGAAUAUAAAAUUGGCGGAUUUUGGUUUCUCAAAUGAAUUCAGUCCAGGUACAAAACUAGAUACUUUCUGUGGGAGCCCUCCUUAUGCAGCACCUGAAUUAUUCCAAGGUAAAAAAUAUGAUGGUCCUGAAGUUGAUGUCUGGUCACUGGGGGUUAUUUUAUACACAUUAGUCAGUGGGUCCCUCCCAUUUGAUGGUCAAACACUUAGAGAAUUACGUGAACGUGUUUUACGCGGCAAGUACCGUAUUCCUUUCUACAUGUCAACGGAUUGUGAAAGUUUGUUAAAGAAAAUGUUAGUCCUUAAUCCGAGUAAAAGAUAUACCCUAGAGAUGGUGAUGAAAGAUCGUUGGAUGAAUACUGGCUAUGAAGACAAUGUAUUGUCACCGUAUGUCGAACCCGAACCAGAUUACACCGACCCAGUACGUAUCGAAAUUAUGGUCAAUAUGGGCUUCAGUCGUGAUGAAAUAGAGAAGUCUUUAACUCAAGGCAAUUUCGAUGAUAUUAUGGCCACAUAUCUCCUGCUUGACAGAAGACGUUCUUCACUAGAUACAAGUUCACGUGAUGGUUCAAGUCUUUCUUUAAGGCAAAGUAAUCAUUUGCUUUCUGCUACACCAACUCCUGCAACUGUCCCAGUAAUGACUUCUGGUAGUGCUAGUUGCGCAAGCGCUAAUGCAGCAAGUGUAGAACAUACGUCGAAUAUCUGUUCGGAUGAUACUCCGUCCGUCCCAGUCGCAAAUACAAAUGCUUUAUCUAUGACUCAAAAUGCACAUUCAAGCUCGAAAUUCGCUGUUACUUCUGGAGGAGGAACUCGUUCUACAAGUACAACGCCUCCCAGUACAGUAACCGUGGUGAAUAAUGGCACUAAUAACAAACCAGCUGUCAAUAUAAUCACACCAUCAUCUGUUUCUGGAUCAGAAAGUCCAGGCCCUAUGGGUACCAGCACAAUAAGCCCUAUCUCACCUAUCAAUUUGGCAGCUACUAACACGUAUUCAACACCAAGUGGGAAUGCAAAUGUCAACUUUAAUACAGCUCUCAAUGCAAUUGAUACGUCAUGUCCAUCUAGCAAUACUGAAUCGGCUAAACUGAUGCGAAGUGAUCUUGUCCGAGCUUCAGAUCGUCCUGGUCGUGAAGAAUCUAGUCGAAUAUUGGCGCGAUUACGAGGUAUUACAGACGAAAUGGCUACCCCAGUUGUCGGUGGUGGUGGACUGACGGCUUAUCCAAACGUCCCAGGUCAACGAAUCAGUAUUGAUGCUGGUACCAGCACUGUGCGUCCUACUACUGCUGGUCAAAGGAAACCUGUUCCAAUGACUUCAACAGGCUUAGGUGCAAAUGCAAAAGUUUCACCAAGUUCUAAUGUGUCCAUGGCACGUCGUACUCAUACGCUUAAUUACGGUACCACAACCUCAACAUCUGGAACUUCUCAUACUGGAGAUCAACAACAUUCCGGUAGACGUACACAAAUAAGUUCAAACACAAGUGGUCGGAGUGCAGGUUUUGACAGUCCUAAUCCUAGAAACUCUGUUGCGCUUUCUGGUAUCACUGGUUUAUCUAGUGGUCUUCCUGUUUCCCCCUUAUCUACUGGCAAUUCAUCCGAUAAGUCUACAUCUGGUAGUUCAUGCACGGGCGGUAACAAUCAGGUUACGACUAAUGGAGCUGGGAGAUUACCAUCUCAUGAAAUUCGCAGUCACGUUACUCCUGCACUUGUUCCUAUGACCACUCGUACAACUAAAGUACAUCAUGGUGCAAACAUAUCUGGAGGAACUGGUGGCGGUUACCAUGCAGGUUUAUUACUAGAAAGGUCUGCAACUGUAAGUGCCAGUGGUUCUAAUUCUAGUGGGAAUGGAACAUCGUCAAGUCAAAGCUCUUCAACACGUGGUGGAGGUGAUUCUGUUGGAACUGGAGAUUUACAUCGUCAUCAAACAGGUCCUAAUGCUACCAGCCGAAGUGGAGUCAACGAUCAUGGUACAGCAUCAUUCAAUCGCAAUGAUUUUACCUAUAGUUCACUUAGACCAUCUAUGAUUACUUCGGCCAGUUGGAAAUCCAGAAUGGGCACAUCAGGUAAUCAGGCGUCGUCCAUUGCUUCGUCUGCUGCUACUGGGCGUCGUGGAGUAUCCAUUACUAGUGCCAACAGUAACACAGCAUCUGGAGUUAACAAUGGUACAGGAACAAUCAUGGAGACUACACCUUUUCCUAGACUUACACCAGAACGUCGUACUAUUCAUUCACCAAAUCAACCAAACAUUGAAUUUGAUUUUGAUACUUCGAAUACGAAUCCUGGUAAUACUAUAGCUGCUCGAUGUAUGAAUGUACCUCUUGCUGGUGCUGGAACAGCAAACAGUGGUGGCAUGUCCCAUUUAACUCCCUCCGGUACUGGAGGUCUUACCUUCUUCAAGGCACUUACUUCCAAAAUUGGUAGACGAGGACCCAACACAGGAGCUAUGGGAAAUGUGUCUCAUACAUUCACUGGGGGCACUGAAAUUUCAAAUAUACCAUUCUCUACAGCCGAUUCUAAUAUCGGAGCUUCUACAACCAGUUCAGGAUCAGGAUAUAUACCUGGAGAGUCAGCUUUCUCUGAUAUUAGCGGAGGUUAUAACGAACCUGUAAGUCAAGCAACUCCGGGUGGUAGUUCUGCAGGCUCCCCAGUUUCUCAAGGUGGCAAUCAGACUAUUUCACAUACAGAUGAUAGUGUUAACGAUCAGACCAAACCACGAAGUUUACGUUUUACCUGGUCUAUGAAGACAACCAGCAGUAUGUGUCCAGAUGAUAUGAUUAAGGAAAUCAAAAAGGUUCUUGCAGCAAACAACUGUGAAUAUGAUCAACGCGAAAGAUAUCUCCUCAUAUGUGAACACGGAGAUCCAAGCACGGAUGCAAACGUUCAAUGGGAAAUGGAAGUCUGUAAACUUCCUCGUCUGUCUCUUAAUGGAGUUCGUUUCAAAAGGAUUUCGGGAACUUCUAUUGGGUUUAAAAAUAUCGCUUCCAAGAUUGCUAAUGACCUCAAACUUUGACCGAUAACACUUCCGUUCGCCUGUCAAUCUAUUUUAUAUAUCACAGUACGUGAUUUUAUUUAUCUGUGUAUACUCAAAGUGCCAGAUUGUAGCUAUUCAUGAAGUCUUUUGGCUAUCACCAACACUUAUGCUCAAAAGUGUGGUAGUUUUUUAUUCAGUACUUCAUGUUUUUCUCCCAAAAGCUUUGACAUCUUUUUCUUGACAUAUAGCCCAUAAUGACAAGUGUUUGGUAACUUCGGGUUUACUUUUUGUCUGUAUGCGUUUCAUGUGUGUACGCAUUUGUACAGGCCUGAUAACACCCACCUCGUUAAUAUGUAGAUGUUAAAUUUCAAAAGCUUGAUACCAUCUGGUUUGUAUUUUAAUGGUUAUUUUCAACAGGAUUACCUUCAGACGUGUUUUGUAUUCUUUAUUUUGCUGAACUUAUACACUAAGAUGCGUACUCCAUUCAUCACACUAAUGCAAUCGCAUUCGAUCGUAUAUUGUUCUGACAGUAUACUCAGGAUUUGUUAUUAAAGAUAUUCAUUUAUUUGUUCUUUUACCUUAGUAUGUGUGGUUAAUUACCUAUGCAUACUCCCCUUUUAUUGGUGCUCAGUAGUGAAGAUGAAAUAAUUGAUGAAAGUAAUGACAUUGUCUGUGUCGUAUAAAUAUUUUUUUAUAUCCUUACUUUUAUCUGAAAACUUCGUUAUUGUUGGCGGGUUUGUAUUUUACUAUGCUGGAUAUUUUGAGGCAGUAAUAAUGAGUGGAUCUUCUAUAGUAUACGUAUGUAUACACUACUCGUUGGUUUUCUUAUCCACUGUUUCCGAGCUCUAUUUCUUUUCAUCAUUAUGUUCUAUUCCUUUUUUUUUUAUAUGUAACUUCUUUCCACAGUUUUCAGCCGCCUUCACCUUUUCACUUUUACUGGGUAUCAGCUUGUUGGUUUUACGUGUGUAUUAAUAUUAUUAUUUUGUCCAGAGAUUCUGUAUCCUUGACAUCUCUUUAGCCCUUCUCCAAAUAUACUGGCUCACUGUUGUUUUUGUUAUUGUUGUUUUAUUUCCUGAAUACCACCUAAUGUUCCGUGAACUUUUUCUUCAACACGAGUACAGUAAUACACACUAUCUCUCAUUUAGUAGUCCUUUUCUUUUGCUUCAACAUAUUCAUGCGCCGCUUGUUUUUUUCUUAUGUUAACAAAAACAAUUAUUUUCAAGGUACUGUAUAAGUAGUAAAGUAGAAGAUUGUUUGAAUCUCGUAUCAAGCAUGUCACCUGUUGUCCUUAUUUUAGGGAAUGAUAGUGUAUUUAUUAGACAAUAAUAAUGUGAAUUGUUGUGUUUUUGUUUCUUGUAACUUUUCUUUACUGUAUGUAUGUAUGGUCUUGUUAAGUUAUUCUGGUAUGCAUUCAUUCGUUCUAUGAAUAGAUUUUGAGGCCUUUAAAUGUUAUCAUUAUUAAAGGUGCUCUCUUUCUCUCUCUCUCUCUCCCUCUGUAUGUUCUCAAACUGAAUCUCCUUACUGAUACUAAUACACAUGACGCUGAGUAGUAGUAAGUGAACAUAAAUUAUAAAUGCACUUUUUUUUGAAUAGUCAUACAUAUUACUCUUUCUUCAUCAAGUGCAUUUUUCCAAAUGUACAAACCCUAUCUUGCUGUGUUUACACCAAAACUAUUUCCACUGUUUGUAUGUCUUGGAUUAUUCUCUCUUUUAUUUCUUGUUGGGUUUUUUUUUUACAACACCUUAUUGUUAAUUUCUAAACUAACUUCUACAUAUUUUUUUUUUCAAUUUGUGAUAUGGUGAUUCCACUUUAAUUUAACUCUGUACAAGGUAUUUAUUUUAAAUGUUGGUUUUACACCCUGUCAAUCACAAACAGUGUUAUUAUUUUUCUGAUGAUGUUUUGGAGUUAUUCUCUAUUUCUGUUUCUCCUGUCCUCUAAACCCCCACCACCACCACCACCUGCCACCAACCCUCCCCCCCUGCCAAUUUUGUUUGUUUGUGUGUAGUAAUUUCAUUAUAUGUGAUACAAUAAACUUUACUCCUCUAUGAUGGUGGAGUCUAUUCUCACUCUUCAUAUCGAGUUCUCUUUCUAUUCGUGUGCGCACUUCAUACACAUACAUACAUACAUCACCUGCACUGUUUAAUUAUUCAUCUCUUCUAUCUAUAUUUGUAUAUGUGUAAAAUUACUAUUAAAAAUGACUGUUUUUAGCGAGUGAAAUCAGUUUGCAUGAAUUGAAUGUUUGUUUGUUUGUUUCUAAAUGAAGGAAGGACUCAUGUUAUUCAUAGGUGUUUUCGCCGGUGACUUUUUUGCGAAAAAUGAAAAUGCAGUUUGUGCUACUCGCUAUUAUUAUUGGAGAAGAGGAAGAAAAUGAAGAAGAGAAAGGAGAAGAUUUCACUAUGUCAUUAUCAUCUUUAUAUUUCUUUGUUUGUUUGUUUUGCUCCUGCCUUUCCUGAUUGAUUAGCUGUGACUAAAUGCUGUGUGUGUUAAACUUAUGCUCGCAGAACAAAAGUUUAUAUAUUUAGUAGGCAGUAUAUAAUAAUAAUAAUAAAAGGGGAUCACCUUACCUUACCUUACCUGAAUGGUAAUUAGCAUUAUAAAAUAAAGCACUGUUUGUACUUAAAGAAAAAUACCCUGUGUUAUAAUUAUACAUAUACAUAAUGCAUAUAUUUACACUGUUACCAUCCAAAGUGUGUGUUUGCUUAUCCCUUGUCUUUUUUUUUGUUCGUCUUUUAAAACGUUUGUGUGUGUGAUUCAUUUAGUUCAGAGAAGAGAGUUGUUCUUCAACUAUUAUCUCUUGUAUUAUCCAUUUUUAAAGGCUACAUCGAUUUCGCACGCACGCACAUAUAAAUCAUCUUGUCCAACUUCGCAUUGCAUAUAUAUAUAUAUAUAUAUAUAUAUAUAAUUCUAAUCUUCCAUAUUUACUAAGAUUCAACAACCACGUGAUCAUUUUAAUGCACUUAAUUGUGUAGAAUUACUGCUACAAACGAAUGAAACUAGUGUUUUACAAGUUGACUUCUUUCUUCUUCUGAUUAUUAUUGGCUACAUCAGUUCACAGUGUUUUUGAAGUAAACUACAGGUAUCCGACACGAUAUAUA